AUGAUCCGCAGAAAUCCGACCCUGAUCGCCAUGAGCGAUGUCGACGUGCAGCAGGUGCGGGAUGCAGUGGCCAAGCACAAGGGGGAGAGUCCUGUGACACCGGCACAACCGAGCUCUUCCUCUGCGGUUCCUAGUGGCGUACUUCAGCCCUUAAGCCAACCAUUUGUUGCAGCGGAGGAUGCGAAGAGGAAACGGGAGGCCAUGACCAGGGAUGAGCGGCUAGGUCUGGCGUGA